AGUUUACCAGAAGAGGGGGCUCUGUCCAGGCUGUGAGAGGCGGUAAUACUCCUUGUCAAAGGGAAGAACUUUGGUCAGACCAAAAUCUGCGAUUUUCACCAGCGAAUCGUUGGCAACAAGAAUAUUUCUGGCUGCAAGGUCUCUGUGGACAUAACGUUGAGUCUGCAGGUACUCCAUCCCCUGUAAAAGACGGUGAACGUAGCACCAGCUUACAGUAACUACUCAGAAGAUCAGCAGAUUUGGAUCAGGAGAAAGGAAUCUAAAUUCAGAAAUGGAGGAGCAUUCUGACAGUAAGCCAUCCCAUCCUGGGUUUGUAUUGGCUGACUACGCCGUCUUUGCUGCCAUGUUGUUAGUUUCCAUGGGGAUUGGUCUUUUCCAAGCCAUGAAGAAACAACGAAGAGAUGAAACAGCUGAUGCCUUCUUCACCGGGGGUCGGAGCAUGCCAGCUGUGCCUGUUGGUCUGUCGCUCUGUGCCAGCUUCAUGUCAGCAGUCCAAGUUCUAGGGGUUCCCUCAGAGGGGCUUCGCUUUGGCUUCAAAUUCCUCUACAUGUGCCUCGGACAAAGCAUCAGCUCCCUGCUGACAGCUUACCUGUUCAUGCCAGUUUUCUUUCGACUGGGCAUCACCAGCACCAAUCAGUAUCUAAAGAUGAGGUUUGGCAGAGGGAUGCAGCUGCUGGGAAGCAUCCAGUUUCUUCUUGCAACACUGCUUUACACUGGGAUUGUCAUCUAUGCACCAGCUUUGAUCUUAAAUCAAGCCACUGGACUCAGUAUCUGGGUGUCUCUCUUUUCCACGGGGAUCAUUUGCACCAUGUACACAACACUGGGCGGCAUGAGGGCUGUGAUCUGGACUGAUGUUUUCCAGAUUGUUGUCAUGUUGUCUGGCUUUGUGGCGAUUUUCAUCAAUGGCACAAUUCUGGUUGGUGGCCCAGCACAAGUACUGGAGAUUGCCAGCAAUGGAUCCCGAAUUAACUUCAAUGAUUUUGAAGUCGACCCACGAAAGCGUUACACCUUCUGGAGCCUCACAGUUGGAGGUUCCUUGGUUUGGUUGUCCAUGUACGGAGUAAACCAAGCACAAGUUCAGCGCUACAUCUCCUGCCGAUCAGAGAGAGAUGCCCAGUGGGCUCUGUUUGUGAAUCAGGUUGGUUUGUGCCUAAUUGUGAGCAGUGCAGCAACCUGUGGCAUCGUCAUGUUUGCUUAUUACAACUUUUGUGACCCACUGAAAUCUGGGAGGAUCUCUGCACCUGAUUUGUACAUGCCAUUCUUCGUGGUGGACACAUUUACAAAGCAUCCAGGCUUCCCAGGGCUUUUCCUGGCCUGUGCAUACAGCGGGACUCUCAGCACAGCCUCCACGAGUAUCAACGCCAUGGCAGCAGUGACGAUGGAGGAUCUGCUGAGACCUCAUCUGGUCCACAUGACCCAGAAGAAGCUGAUCCUUGUUUCCAAAGCACUGUCCUUCCUGUAUGGAGCUGGAUGUAUCACAGUAGCAGCUCUUUCCUCCUUCCUGGACUGGGGAGUUCUCCAGGGCUCAUUCACUGUCAUGGGAGUGGUCAGUGGUCCAGUUCUGGGCAUUUUUAUUUUGGGAAUGUUUGUCCCAGCAACAAACAGACUGGGGGCGUAUGCAGGGAUAUUGGUGGGUUUCUGUGUCUCUCUGUGGCUCGCUGUGGGUUCCACUCUUUACCCGCCCAGUGAGGAGACAAUGGGUGUCCUGCCCAGCUCCACGCAGGGCUGCAGCCCUGCUAAUGGAACACUGAGCAGCAGAUCUAACCCAGACGAGCUAUCCAUCCUGACCCCACUUCAUCCUGAUGACCAAGGCGGCAUCCUUAACUUCUACUCCAUGUCUUACCUCUAUUUUGGAGCCAUGGCCACCAGUUCAGUGAUACUGGUUGGGCUGAUAGUGAGCUAUGCGACAGGGCCGACAAAGAGGAAUCAAAUUAAAGAGGGCUUGUUGUGGUGGGACCUGAAAAAAAAGAAGACUGAGAUCUCUUCAGAAAACACAACCAAUUUGAUAUCCAGGAUGUUACCCUGCUACAGCCACAAUGCAUGCUGGGAUACGCAGCAUAUACCUGCAAGUCACAGAAGAAACAACCAGGAGGAUAAAUUACCAAAUAACCCACAGCUGCUUCCUUUGACGAACCUGCCCAGAGACGGCGUGUUGUAAAUGAAAAGGAGGGGGAGUGACUGUUAGAAUGACAUUAACCAUCAGAUUACUCCUAACGAUUCCUAUUGGCUCUUAAUCAGUAGAAACAGAAAAAUUGCUUUAAUCUGUUUAGUUUAUCUUUUUGAAAAGAUUUUUUUAAAUAUAUCUUAUCCUUUGACGCUUCAAAAUACUGGCACAUCCAGAGCUGCGUGUAUUUCCUCAUUUUCACUUCGAAGAGCCAUAAAUACAGAUAAUAUUCAGUCCAGUUAGAUAAGAUGAAACUUUAGUUUUCUUCUGUACUGUUUCUAGAACGAUGGAGUGUUUUAGUAGAUAAGAGGGAUUCAGUCUGUGUGUACAUUAGCAGUAAUUCAGAGCUAAGUUCCUUAUCUUAUUAUCAGGCCUUUGCUUUUGCUUCUCCUUUUUUAUGAUUGGGACUAAAGUGAGUCACAGCUUUUUACUCAACGGUUAGUCACUUUAUACAUGAUUGUUGAACAUUAAAAAUUCCCAAUGAGAUAAAAAAUAACUAUUACAAAGUUCACAGCAUGAAGGGUUUGACUUCUACAGGUUUAUUUUCUGUGACAUUAACAUAGAUUUUAUAAAGUGAUUGUGUAACUUCUAAUGAUUUGUGAAGAUCCUGUGUGUUUUUUCCAUCCUUUAUUUUGUCAAAUGUUGCUA